AUGGUCGCACUACGUAUCAACAACACGCUCCGCGCUGCCGGCGCGGCAGCCCGCUACAGAACGCCACGGACCUACCGCACAUUCAUCACUACACCACGUUCGGCCGCCCAGCAGGGUUACGGCGACGGCAAAGGAAGUCCAGAGGCAGAGAAUCCCCAGGAUCAGCCCGCGUCCAGCAAAGCGCAGGAGUCAGGAGAGCACCCGGGGCCCGCUCCCCCGGAUGUCGGCAAGGGCACCGGCGGCGGCCCCACCAAGGCGGCCUUCAAAGAAUCCAUGAACCGGGCAGCUUCAUCUGGCGACCCCGCCGACGCCUCGGCCUCGUCCGGCGGCUCGCGGUCCAAGCAGGCGACCGAGACGGGGUCCAGCCCCACGGGCGGAGAGAUCAAGAGCCAGGGCGGCGGCGAGGGCAACCAGGCGAGCCGGAACGGCGGGGAGGCGCUCAAGGGCCCGCAGGGCGACGGCGCGCCCAAGCCCAAGCUCUACAACCAGGCCAUGCCGGGGGACAAGGUCAAGUCGGGACUGAGCGACGAGCAGAAGAAGGAGGUGGAGGACCACAACGCCGACUUUGAGAAGCGGCACGACCGCGCCUCGCCGGCGAGCAACGACAAGGUGGACAAGAGCUUCUGGAAGGGGUCGUAA